AUGGCCUCAAGCAUGAUGAGCCCCUUGAAACGAAAGGCUGAUGGAACGAAAAGUCCUCCAGCCAAGGCUAAGAAAGCGAAAAUUACGGUGCCACAGUAUCAUUUGACGCCAUCAAGACACAAUGAAUCGGGUGAAAUUGUGUGGCCUGCGCGACAGGAGCAAAUUGAACGUGCUAGAGAGAUAAUCAGAAGAUGUGCUGACGCACGCAAGCCGACCGUCGUAUUGCCAGACAAGGACGCCGAUGGACUGUCUUCUGGGGCCAUAUUGUUCCAUACCUUGACUAUGUUGGGUCUUCCAGCUGAUUCGAUUACUAUUUACUUCCCACCAAAAGGUUCUAAUGUGCAUGACGACAUCACGAAAGAGACCAUUGCUACCAUGUCUCCUUCCUACAUUUUUGUACUUGACCAAGGCAGUAGAAAAUCUCCUCCCAUCAUUGAUACACCACAUCAGUGUCUCAUUAUAGAUCAUCACUUCGCAGAUGAAGGUGGUUUCCCCCAAGGCGCCGAUUACGUUACAGCGCAUGACUGUCCACCGGUUGCAACAAGUGCACUAUUGACAUUCAACAUUUGUCUGCCGUUGCAUCCAGAUUUGAAGGACAAGAUUUCAUGGCUGGCUGCAUUGGGUACGCACGGCGAUCUAGGCAGUACGAUCAAGUGGGAGCCCCCGUUUCCAGACCUUACUGCAAUAUUCAAACAGCAUCCGAAGAAAGCCAUCAAUGAAGCAGUCGCACUCGUGAAUGCACCCAGACGAUCAGCAGCAUACAAUGUCAGGGACGCUUGGGACGCGGUGAUAGAUGCAGGAGGCCCAAAAUCUAUCCUCGAGGAUACGAAGCUGCACAAAGCAUCAUCUGAAGUCCGCUACGAAACGGAGCGAUGCACGCAUACCGCACCGAAGUUUUCAGCUGAUGCCACUAUUGCUGUGUUGACCAUAUCCUCGGCGGCACAAAUCCAUCCCGUUAUUGCGACUCGCUGGGCAGGUCAUCUCAAGUCGAACAAAUUGGAGGUAGUCAUGUGCGCGAAUGAAGGUUAUUUGCCAGACAAGGUCCACUUCUCUUGUCGCGUCGCUAGGGUGGCUCGAGGAAGGGAAGACGGUCAGAAGGUCGAUAUUAUCAAGAAGCUCGAAAAUAUCGUAGUAGAUGACCAAGGUCUAAGAAAAAGACUUGGAGAGAGCUUUGCGCGUGGACACAAGGAAGCUAGUGGUGGAAUCGUAGGCAAGCAGGAAUGGGAAGAACUUAAGAAGCUUAUGGGACUUGACGAUAGUGCAACAAAGAAGAAGAAGUUGGAGACCGUUGCGAAGAAGCCAAAAACUUCACAAAAGAAUACACUGUCGAACUACUUUGGCAAGUCUGCGAAGGUUAAGGAUGCUUGA